AUUUUUAACUCUCAACACUUGGACUACUUCUGUUGAAGUUUUCGCUCCUUUCCCUGCCUUCCCAACAGAACUGUGUCCUCUACUGCAGCUGACGCAACCCGGCCACCUCCCAGCAAUCCGCUUAGUUGCAAUCAAGGGUUCAGGUGCAAGCAGAUGCUGACUCAGCCCGUUCCAUUAAGAGCUAAGAAGCAAGAAGAAAUUGGGGCACCAUGGGGAAAGCCCACAGGCCUCCGCCAGGGCACCACAGGCAUUGUGAGGGAUGCUUCAACCGCCACUGCCACAUUCCUGCGGAACCCAACGUCUCCUGCCUGGUAAUAAGCUGCCACCUGCUCUGUGGUGCCACCUUCCACAUGUGCAAAGAGGCAGAGCACCAGCUCCUCUGCCCUUUAGAGCAGGUUCCAUGCCUCAACUCCGAAUAUGGCUGCCCUCUGUCCAUGUCCCGCCACAAACUGGCCAAGCACCUGCAGGUGUGCCCUGCCAGCGUGGUCUGCUGCUCUAUGGAGUGGAACCGCUGGCCAAAUGUGGACUCUGAAACCACCCUUCAUGAGAACAUCAUGAAAGAGACCCCCAGUGAGGAGUGUUUGGACACAGCCCUGGCCCUGCAGGACCAGAAGGUCCUCUUCAGAUCCUUGAAAAUGGUGGAACUUUUCCCAGAAACUAGAGAGGCUACUGAGGAGGAACCAACUAUGAAUGGUGAAACCGGUGUGGAGGAAAUGGGAGGAGCAGUGGGUGGAGUGGAUAUCAGUUUGGUACCACAUGGUUUGUCAGCAACUAAUGGGGAGAUGGCAGAGCUAAGUCAAGAAGAACGGGAGGUGCUAGCCAAAACCAAAGAAGGGAUGGACCUGGCUAAGUUUGGCCAGUGGGAAAAUAUUUUCAGCAAAGAGCACGCAGCCUCUGCUUUAACAAAUUCGUCAGCGAGCUGUGAGAGCAAGAACAAGAAUGGCCCAGAGAAGGAACAGAUUUCCAGUGGCAAUAACAUGGUAGAAGGAGAGGGCGCUCCCGAAAAGAAAAAACCACAGGAAAAUCAGAAGCAGCAGGAUGUUCACACAGCUGUGGAAACCACAGGGCUUGCCCCUUGGCAGGAUGGUGUUCUGGAAAGACUGAAAACAGCUGUGGAUGCAAAGGACUAUAACAUGUAUCUAGUGCACAAUGGGCGGAUGCUGAUCCACUUUGGUCAGAUGCCUGCUUGUACACCCAAGGAGAGAGACUUUGUUUAUGGCAAGCUUGAGGCUCAGGAAGUUAAGACUGUUUACACCUUCAAAGUUCCUGUGAGCUACUGUGGAAAGCGAGCUCGACUUGGAGAUGCCAUGUUGAGUUGUAAGCCGAGUGAACACAAGGCAGUGGAUACUUCAGAUCUGGGGAUCACUGUGGAGGACCUGCCCAAAUCAGAUCUCAUCAAGACCACCCUCCAGUGUGCUUUGGAAAGAGAACUCAAAGGCCACGUCAUCUCCGAAUCCAGAAGCAUUGAUGGACUGUUCAUGGAUUUUGCCACACAAACAUACAACUUUGAGCCAGAACAGUUUUCCUCUGGGACAGUGCUGGCUGACCUAACCGCUGCCACCCCAGGGGGACUCCACGUGGAGCUGCACAGUGAGUGUGUCACCAGGAGACACAACAAAAGCAGUUCUGCCUUCACUUUCACUUGCAACAAAUUCUUCAGGAGGGAUGAGUUCCCCCUGCACUUCAAGAAUGUCCACACAGACAUUCAGUCUUGUCUCAACGGCUGGUUCCAGCAUCGAUGCCCCCUCGCCUACUUGGGAUGUACAUUUGUUCAAAACCAUUUCCGUCCCCCGGGGCAAAAGGCAAAAGUAAUCUACAGCCAGGAGCUCAAGACCUUUGCCAUUAAGCCGGAGGUUGCUCCAGAGCUGAGCGAACGAAGGAAGAACAACCAUCUUUUGGGUCAUGGAGGAAAAAGCCAGAAUUCUUUAACCAGCCUGCCCCUGGAGAUUUUGCAGUACAUUGCUGGGUUCUUGGACAGUGUCAGCCUGGCCCAGCUCUCCCAGGUGUCUGUGCUGAUGAGGAAUAUCUGUGCCACUUUGUUACAAGAGAGAGGGAUGGUCCUUUUGCAAUGGAAGAAGAAGAGGUAUUCCCAUGGGGGCACCUCCUGGAGAGUCCACAGAGAGAUCUGGCAGUUCAGCAGCCUCUUCUCCAAAAUCAAGAGCUGGGAGUUUAAUGAAGUCACCUCCAUGUCCGAGCACCUGAAGUCCUGUCCUUUCAACAUCGUAGAGCACAAAACUGACCCGAUUCUUUUGACCAGCAUGUGUCAGCCCCGUGAGCAGGCCCGAGAGAGCUUAGUCUCCACCUUUAGAGUCAGACCACGAGGAAGAUACGUCUCCUAAAAAUGCAGAUGCCACCCGAUGCACCCUUCUUGGAUUUCUUCUCGGAGUUCCUGAUGUAGGACAGAGUGUGGUUUUGAGGAUUCCCUUCUGUAAACUGCCUAUUUGCUUAUCAGGGUGUAUUGGAACAUGCAAUGUCCUUCAAAACCUCAACACAAGGCCAAAGAAUUUCCUAAGCCAUGUCUUGUACCAUAGUGACAUAUUAGUGACUUAUUUCCUUUUUUCUUUUUUCUUUUUUCUUUCUUUCUAAAAUAGAUUGGUCUGAGAAGAAAAUAAGUAAUUUGAGGCCAUUUGGAAGAUGGACCCAAUUUCUUAAGCGAUGAGAGAGCAUGAAAUUCCAUAAUCAGUACAGGCCUGUGCUUUUAUGGGCUUUUUAGUUUACAGAGCACUUUCAAAUUUAUGGGACAGGAAAUGCAGAAUGGGACUAAGGUACAAAGAGUUACUCCCCAGGGAAUGCAGGGUGAAGGGAACAAAGCUGGAGGCUCUGGAGCUGGGUCUCUUUUGAUGGUCAAGUCCAGGGCUCGUUUUGGCCAUUCUACUGCCUCUAGGCCAGGGUAGUUCUAACACAGCCUGACAUAGGAGAGCCCCUGACUGAGCAUGGCAGCCUUGAAGAUACCACAGGCCAAAACAUGAGGGGCAGAAAUGGGGUCACAGAGUCUGUUGUUAGAAUCUUGGCAACAUACAGCAGGAAAGCCUUGAGAAAUGGGGAGUCCAAAGGAGACACCGUAUUUAUGGAGAACAUUAGGACAAAAAGCCACAAGCCUACUUUGUAACAUUUUAAUAACUUAAGGGUCAAGAUGUUUUUUCCUCAGAAAAUUAUGUUCUGAGUUAGGCAGAACAUAGGCAUGGCCCUGGGCCACCCUGUGCUAUCUGAAAUGACCUCAAUACACUAAUGCCAACCUCAGCGUCAUGCCAGAAUGCACAGGGUAGCCCAGGGAGACCACACCUUUGGCAAAGUCCAGACAAGGCCCAUUGCAGUUCCUAUGGCACCAGUCACCAGCUCCUAGACACCACUUGGGUACCCCAUUGGGGUCUUGGAGAGGAAGACAUGUGAACCUAAUGGCUCCCUGAAAUUGCUCCUACCCAUCCAUAUUGCUGGUCAUGCAUUCAGUCUGACAAAAAUGGAUGAUACUGCUAUUUUUGGUAACAAACAGUGAAUAUUCAUAAGAACA